UUUAUUGUGCUUGGAUUGUCAAAAUAUUUUUCAGACACGCACGGUGAUGAAGAAAUUAUAAAAAAAAGGUGAUUUUAGCGUGAUUACAGUGAAUUUUUUUGUGAAAUUGUAUCUCAAAGUGUUGCUUCAACAAUGUCUGAAUCUUAUGAUUACCUGUUCAAGUUUCUCAUAAUUGGAAGUGCUGGAAUUGGAAAAUCUUGUUUGCUCCAUCAUUUCAUUGAGAGCAAGUUCAAAGAUGAUUCCUCGCAUACCAUUGGCGUGGAAUUCGGAAGUCGCAUUGUGAAUGUGGGUGGAAAAUCGGUGAAGCUUCAGAUUUGGGACACUGCUGGUCAAGAGCGAUUCCGUUCUGUCACACGAUCGUACUAUCGUGGAGCAGCUGGUGCAUUGUUGGUGUAUGACACCACAUCCAGGGAAUCCUUCAAUGCUCUGUCCAAUUGGCUCAAUGAUGCCCGAACCCUUGCCAGUCCAAAUAUUGUGAUCCUCCUGGUGGGAAAUAAGAAGGAUCUCGAGGAGGAGAGGGAGGUUACAUUCUUGGAAGCUAGUACAUUUGCCCAAGAGAAUGAAUUGAUUUUCCUGGAGACGAGUGCAAAGACAGGAGAGAAUGUCGAGGAGGCCUUCCUCAAGUGCUCAAAGACAAUCCUGGCCAAGAUUGAGACCGGUGAAUUGGAUCCUGAGCGCAUUGGCAGUGGCAUUCAGUACGGUGAUUCAGCUCUGCGCAAUCUUCAGACGCGACAGAGAAUUUCCCGGACACCCGGAUGUGUCUGUCAUACCUAAAUGUCACAAAGAACUCCACACGGAAUCCUCUAUCCCUCUUUUCCUCCAAUUCUUUUUUCCACUCUCCAAUUCCUCCCUCCCGGAAGGCGGAAAAAAUGUUAAUUUUUUAGGCACAUUUUUUUCUGUGGUUGAGUCGUGGAGGAAAAACGACUUGUUAAUUUAUUUUUAUAUUGAUUGCAAUUGUGAGUUGUGACUCUUGUUGGGAAAAGUGUAGUGGUAAAAAGAAAAAUCAUUAAUUUUAUCUCCUCUCUUGGCAUUCUAUUGGGCCACAGGGUGGUCAGGCAAGAGGAAAAAGGUGAUCUCGAGUGGAAAAGAAAUCUCAUCUCUUUGUGAGUCAUUUCCAAAAGAAACGAAAUAUAAUCGACUUGCUGCAUUUAUUCACAGCACUUUAUUCUAAUUUAGAAUAUACAUUGCACGUAGAAGUAGAAAAAAGAAGGCGGAAUUUUUGCAAAUAUUUUAAAUAAAUAAAAUAUCGUGACUUCUUAUCGUUUUUUCUAAGAAUCACAUGAUGGAAAGAUUAAUUCUCUUGAGAUGCUCCCAGGCAAUUGAGAAAAAAAUCGAGGGGUGAAUAACUGUCGCUAACGGUUUAUUCGAGUGCCGAUUCUUGCCGAUUUGGGCAUUUGUGUCUGCGAAGAUCGUACUGAUUUGUCGAUUUUGCAAAGAUCUUGGCGACCUUGCAAAAAUGGUGCCGAUUUGUCAAUGUUUAGCAAAGAUCUUAGCGGUCUUGAUAUCUGCAGAAAUCUUGCCAAUUUGACAAUAUUUCGUUAAGAUCUGAGCGGUCUUGGCAUCUGCAGAAAUCGUGCCGACUUGUCGAUCUUUUGCAAAGGUCUUGGCGGUUUUGGAAUCUGGAGAAAUCGUGCUGAUUUGUCAAUCUCCCGCAAAGAUCUUAAAGAUCUUGAUAUUUGCAGAAAUCGUGCCGAUUUGUUAAUCUUCCCCGAAGAUCUUUAACGAUCUUGAUAUCUGCAGAAAUCGAGCUGAUUUGGCAUUUUUUAGCAAAGAUCUUUGCGGUCUUGAUAUCUGCAGAAAUCUCCGAUUUGUCAAUGUUUAGCAAAGAUCUUAGCGGUCUUAAUAUCUGCAGAAAUCGUUCUGAUUUAUUAAUCUUCCGCAGAGAUCUUAACGAUCUUGAUAUCUGCAGAAAUCGUGCUGAAAUGUGAAUCUUUUCAAUGAUCUUAGCUGUCUUCUAUCUGGAAAAAUCGUGUCGAUUUGACAAUAUUUCGCAAAGGUCUUAGCGGUUCUGAUAUCUGCAGAUAUCGUACUAAUUUGUCAGUCUUCAGCAAAUAUCUUAAAAGUCUUGGAAUCUGUAGAAAUCGUACCGAUUUGAUAAUCCUUAGCUAAGAUCUUAGCGGUCUUUGAUAUCUUCAGAAUUCGUGCUGAUUUGUCAAUCUUCCGCAAAGAUCUUAACGGUCUUGGAAUCUGCAGAAAUCAUACCAAUUUGUCAAUGUUUAGAAAAGAUCUUAGCAGUCUUUAUAUCUGCAGAAAAAUCGUGCUGAUUUGUCAAUCUCUAGCGAAGAUUUUAGUGGUCUUAAUAUCUGCAGAAAUCGUGCCGAUUUGAGAUUAUUUCGCAAAGGCCUUAGCGGUCUUGGUAUCUGCAAAAAUCGUGUCGAUUUGUCAGCCAUCAGCAAAGUUAUUACCAGUCUUGGAAUCUGCAGAAAUCAUACCGAUUUGUCAAUGUUUAGCAAAGAUCUUAGCGGUCUUGAUAUCUGCAGAAAACGUGCCGAUUUGUCAAUCUUUUGCAAAGAUGUUAGCGGUCUUUCUGUCUGGAAAAAUCGUGCUGAUCUGUGAAUCUUUCGCAAACAGCUUGGUUAUCUUGAUAUUUGCAGAAAUCGUGCCGAUUUGUCAAUAUUUCCAAUGAUCUUAGCGAUCUUUUUAACUGGAAAAAUCGUGCCCAUUUGUCAAUCUUCCGCAAAGAUCUUAGCGGUCUUAAUAUCUGCAGAAAUUUUACCGAUUUUUCAAUGUUUAGCUAAAAUCUUAGCGGUCUUAUUAUAAACUGUGAUCGUGCCGAUUUGACAUUAUUUCGAAAAGAUGUUAGUCUAUCUAUCCAGAUCUAUCUCGGUCUUUCUAUCUCCAGAAAUCGUGCCGAUUUGUCAAUCUUUUCAAAGAUUUUGGCGGUCUUUCUAUCUAGAAAAAUCGUGCCUAUUUGUCAAGAUUUUGCAAAGAUCUUAGAGGUCUUGACAUCUGCAGAAAUCGUAAAAUCGUACCGAUUUACCAAUGUUUUGCAAAUCGUGCCGAUUUAUCAAAUCUUGCAAACAUCUUAGUGAUCUUCAUAUCUUACUGAUCUUUCGAUUUUGCAAAGAUUUUAGCGAUCUUUCAAAAAUCACGCCGAUUUGUCAAUCUUUCGCGAAAAUCUUAGCGGUCUUGAUAUCUGCAGAAAUCGUGUGCCGAUUUGUCAAUAUUUUGCAAAGGUCGCUUCAAUAUGUUUAUCUAGGAAAGAUCGUGCCAUUUUCUCAAUCUUUUGCAAAGAUCUUGACUACGUAUCGAUCUGCAAAAAUCGUUCCGAUCUUUUUUGGAAAUAUUCUGUCGGUUGCUUUAAUUCACAAAAAUCGUUACGAUCUGUUAAUAUUUUGUAAAAAUUGGGCCGAAAUGUUAAUAAACGGUCUGAUCUUGCAAAGGUCUUGCCGAUCUGUCGAUUUUAGAACAAUUUUGCCGAUCACUUAAAUUCUCAAAAUUCUUGACGAUCUAAUCGUCUUUUGCAAAGAUCCUGUUAAUCUGUAUUUCUGCAAAAAUCGUGCCGAUCUUUUGAUUUUUCAAAGAUUUUGCCGAUUUCGAACACCAAAUCAUCAUCGAUUUGCCGCUCAGUGUUGUACGUGAGUCAAGUCAUUCACCCCUCAGAUGACAUUGCCCAAAAUUCCCCGUUUUACCUGGUACAAUUGUGUGUGUCAAAUAUUCUAAGAAAAGUCCUCAAGUAUUAGGUGAUUUUAGAGUUAGAUAAUAAGGUUAAAAAAAAAUUAAUAAGUAUUUAGGCUGAUUGUUGCAGCGAAUACUCAAAGAAGAACAGAAAGUAUUUUUGUAAGAAAAUUCCGCAGAAUCUUAUAAACACAAGUAAACUUCCUCUUUGAUAGACGAUUAAUAAUUCUAUUAGGGAAUAAAUAUAUUUGAACUUUAGAUGAAACUCAUUGCAAUUAGAGAAUGUCUAGACGGGGAUUUUGGGCAUUUCUCAAAAGGCAGCAAUAAUAAAUUGAUUUAGAUAAAAAUAUGCUUAGUUUGCAGUUCCAGGUAGAUAAUAUUGAGUCAGACCCAUUAUGCUUCUUUUAAUGAUGGUCACGUUAAGAGCCAUCGAAGGCCUCUCAAAAUAGGUUAAAAGAUUAUACCUUGAUUGUUUUAUUAUUUUAAUUAUUGCUCUGAGCUUGCUUAUUAUACCCUUGCAAGUCUAUUGAAAAAUAUUGUUUAUAGAAACCAUUAAGUCGGUUUUUACUUCAAGAAAGGCAAUUUUAAAUUAGCCUUUUCUAAAUAGCUCAAAAUUUUGGAUCAUUUAUUUUUAAUCCGGCAUUUGAAAGAUUCAAACUUUAAUAAACUGCUGGAAUUUUAUAUUGUUAAAACAAAAUAAAUUGUUUUAAUUGUCUCAAAAAAUGUCUAAAUUCUAUAAAAAGCAAAAGAAGCUGGAAGAUUUUGCAGCCUCUUUUUUAAUAAAACGCUUUUUAUAAUAAUUGAGGUUAUGUUGUAUUAUCCACCUCAAAAAAGAAAAAAAGUCAGUCAAUAUAGCUGAAAAAGAUACCUGAGAUAAUUCAUACCAUUUUAAUAACAAAUUUGAACUAUAUAGAAUAGAAUACCUUUUAAAAUUUUAUCAAAAACAGUCAUUUUAAAAAUUCUAGCCUACAAAGAAAAUCUAUAAGAUGGAAGGAAGUGUCGGAAUCUGAAGUCAAAGUAUACCAAAAUAAUUUAUCUUGACAAAAAUUCUAAAUUUUACGAAAAACGGGAUUGUGAAUUUUGAAAAAAGGUUGCGUUUUAACAUGUGAGGUUAUGUUAUAUCUGACAUAACCUGGAAACGCAAACUAAAAAAGAUAUAGAGGUUCUUAUUAGAGUAAUUUUGAUCUAUUCUGAGGCAUUAUUGAGCAUUUUUGAAUCGGAUUUCUUUAAAAAAAAUUCCAUAAAUUCUGAUAUUUUAUAUUCUAACCUACAAUGAACUCUUAACCAUUUUUGAAAAAUUUCUUUUCAAAACUGCGUCAAUUUUUUUGAAUUUCAAAAGAUUGCAGUCUUCGAAGACAUGAAAGUCUUCAUAAUUCCUCUAAAAUGCUUUUAACAUUUUUCUUCAUAGGUUAGGCUUCACAUAACCAACAACUUUGCGAAUUAACCAUGUUUGCAAAUAGGAAAAUGAAGUCUACUAAAAAUCAUUUUAUGGAAAUUACUAUGGAAUGAUAGGGCUUAAUUUUCUUUUAAGUCAAAAAAAAAUUAAGGAUGUGAGGUUAGAUUAAACAUAACCUAUAAACUUUGAAUAGAAUUAUGUUUCAAAAUUCUCUAAAUAAGCAAUUAUUUUCAUAAUUUUAUCCAUUUUACAGAGAAAUAAAAGGAAAAUUACUUUAAUCUAUUUUUUUUAUUCAUAAGGAUAAUCAAUUUAUCACAAUUACCAAAAACUAGAGAUUCUUAUGACGAUUAGAACUUAAUUCGACUUAAAGGUUAUGGAUCGCAGUCGAAAAAUAACAAAUUGUUUUUUCUGCCUCUAAAUAAAUUUAAUUAUUAAGGUUAGCCAUGAUAUAACCCACAAUAUUUCGAAUUAUGGGCCUCAUUUUCUUACUCUAUAAUUAGGUUUAUUAGGAAUGUGAGAUUACUCUAUCGAAUUUUUAUUGAAAGUUGCAUUAAAAUCAAAAAUUUUAUAAAUCCUAACCUAAAAUAGAAUCUCAAGUUUGGAUUCGAUGUACUUUGAAAACAUGCAAGAAAAAUGUUGGAAAAUUUUUAACGCCGUUAAAGUAAACUUAAAGAAAAAUUGAGCAUUUUAGGAAAGAAGUUCUAUUUGCGCCAUAUCAUCUCAAUUUUUGUAAGAUUUUAACCUAAAAAAAAUGAUUUUACGAUUUAAUGCAAUUUAAAAUACAAAAAAGUAUUAGAAAGCACAGUUAAAGUGAGUCAAAUUCGUCAAAUUGUUUUAGUUUUCUUUAAAAUGCUUUUUAUAGAUUUCUUUUUAGGUUAUGAUAGACAUAACCUAUAACUAUUUGAGUUAGCCUAUUUUCCAAAUUACUUAAUGAAGCCGCAUAACAACAUUUUUAAGAUGAAUUGAUGCACGAUGAUGCACCUAAUUUUCUUAGUAAAUAAAAUAUCAAUUAAUUAUUUGAGGUUAGACUGAACAUAACCUGCAUCAAGAAAGAAAAUGAUUGUACUUUCUGAAGUCUUCGUUUGCAAAAUUGAAAAAUUAAGACACACUGAAAGAAGCAUAAUGGAAUGAAUAUUCUUUACCCGCGGGGAAUUCUUGUAGCUCAUUAACAAUUAUUAAUCUUUUUCUCCAUCGAAAUUUGAAAUUCAUUAGGGAAAAAAUCAAAAUUAAUUGUAAUUCCGUCCCUGAAAGCAAGAAUUAAUGUUCUCCCAAAAGACGAGAGAAAAGCCAGAAAAGCACGAAAAAAAAAGCAAGAAAAAUUCAAAGUGCAAAUAUGGAAUGACUCACAAAGAGAAUUUAAGAAAAAUUUAUUGAUUUUAACUCUGCAGAUUAUUUACGGAAGAUUUCGAGACACCCUGUGAAAAUUCUCUUGAUAUUUGGUAAGGAGAGAAAGUCUAAUAAACAAAAGGCAUUGAAAGUGAAUGCGAUAAGAUUUCUUGCAAUUUUUUUUUUAGAGAUUGUUUCAAGAGAAAAAUAUUCCAUUGAGUACUUCAAAAACACGAUUUUUCUUUUUGUAAUUAAAUAAUUAUAAUCAAUGUAUUUGAGAAAAAUAAAAAGCAGUGUACAUAAAA